AUGAAAGUGACAACUCCCGGGCUGGUGCCCGUAUACACCAUCGCCGGCGCCUCGACCGCACGGCCCCUUCCAGAUUGGCUUGCAAGGCGGAGGAAGAGAAGUCUCAAGAAUGACCCCGAGUUCGCCAACCGAGUCGAGCUGCUCCAGGACUUUGAGUUCGAGGAGGCCAGCGUCUGUGUCAGAGUCAGCGAGGAUGGGAAUUGGGCCAUGUCGACGGGCACAUACAAGCCCCAGAUACACGUGCACUCCCUCGACCAGCUCUCCCUGUCCUUUGCCAGACACACCACGAGUCUGAACACCACUUUUGUGCUCUUAGGCGCCGAUUACAGUAAAUCGUUGCAUUUGCAAUCCGACCGAAAACUCGAGCUCCAUACCCCCAUGGGAUGUCACUACGAAGUAAGGAUACCUAGGUACGGGCGGGACGUUGUCUACGAUCGCCAUUCCGCUGAGGCUCUGGUGCCUGCUGCUGGCCUCGAUGGUGAGGGCAGUGGGGAGGUCUUCCGGCUGAACUUGGAGAUGGGGAGAUUCAUGAACUCUUACAAAGUUGACGUGGGUCAAGAUGAUGGUGUUGACAUUGGACUUCAAGGAAGCGUCGACGUUGGCUGUGUCAACACAGCCGCAAUUGCUGACACAAGUCACAAUUUGCUGGCAUUCGGCACAAGUCGGGGAACAGUCGAGUUCUGGGACUCGAGGAGCAAGUCCCGAGUCGCCACUCUUGAGAACCACGACGGAGAAGUUACCGCACUCGACUUCUCCCCCACAGGAUUGUCUCUAGCUACGGGCACAAGCAGGGGAAUUGUCUCCCUCUUUGAUAUGCGUCGGCCAGUGCCCAUGCUUACUCGCGAUCAUGGUUAUGGCUUUGCCAUACAAAAUCUCAUCCAUUUGAGGACCGCAUCGCAAGAGAAGAAGAUUUUGGCAAGCGAUAAGCGCAUUAUAAAGAUUUUCGACGAAGUUACCGGAGAUCCUUGGACAUCGAUCGAGCCAAUUGUUGACCUCCAUCAUGUUGAAUGGGUUAAGGACAGUGGCAUGCUCCUCACAGCGAACGAAGGCAAACAGCAACACUCCUUUCACAUUCCAGCUUUGGGGCCUGCACCUAAGUGGUGUACCUUCCUCGACAAUAUGGUCGAAGAGAUGGCAGAGGAGAUCCCGACUGAAACAUAUGAUAAUUACAAGUUCCUGACACUGCCUGAGCUUAAAUCGCUCAGCCUUGCGCACUUGAUUGGAAAGACCAACCUACUGCGGCCAUAUAUGCAUGGCUAUUUUGUGGCCUCGAAGCUAUACGAACAGGCUAGGCUGAUUGCCAACCCUUACGUCUGGGAGGAAGAGCGCAUGAAGCGUGUGAAGGAGCGUGUUGAGAAAGAGAGAGCCAGCAGGAUCCGUGGCAACAAGAAAGUCAAGGUCAACCAGAAACUGGCCGAUAAAAUCAUCAAGAGACAGGAGAACAGAGAAAAGGUGGAUACCAGCGCCGGUGUCCUCGGAGACGACCGUUUCGGCAAGCUUUUCGAAGACGAAGAGUUCGCCGUGGAUGAGACGAGCAGAGAAUUCCAGGCUCUCAACCCGAGCACAAAAGUGGAGGGAGCACCAGGUGGUGACUACCAAGAUCGGGUGUGGCGUGGUGAUUCAAGUGAUGAGAGCGGCGGAGAAGAUGAAGAGCCUAUUCGCUCGGAGCCUACAGUUUCAAUGAAGGUCUCGUCAUCAGAACAACAAGGCGGACGAAGCAAGGACACUGCACUGGGCUCUCGGGUACAGAAGAAUGGGCGCAUUGGCAAGACACGAAACAGCGACGUGGUCGGCGAGAAGUCAGUAACAUUUGUACCGGAAAAGAAGAACAAGGAAACGCCCGAGCAGCCGCAAUCGAUUCGCAAGCGGUCGGAUGGCCGCCGCAGCGCAAGCACCAACACCUUCAGGAGAUUAUAA